GAAUUCCUGAAAGCUGUCAACGGUCCAGACAGCGAUUUACGAAAAAUAAUAUUGAGGGACCACGAGAAAGCUCUUGUUUCAACUGGUCCCCGACUCAUCAACGAAUCGCACAAAUCCCGUCAAGUUACAGACACCGAAGAAACGAGAGAAUUGAGUUCAGUAAGGCCUGACGGACGCAUUGUCACGGAAACCCAAAGGACGACCGAACACGAGGAGGUAAACGAUGACGAACUACCCGAAGAUGCACCCGACGUAAACGAACAUAAAGAAUCGCAUGAAAGGUAUUUCAAGGGACGUGAACAGGAAGACGUGGAAUACCUCAGGAACGGAGUGCGUGUGGGUCACGAAAUGAGGUACAGGACGGAAAACACUGAGGCAGAAAGAUAUGGAAACGGCUUGGACGAACCUGAUUACGAUUCCCUUCAAGCGAGGACCAGGAGGAGGCAGAACCAGAGAGUACCGGAAUUUUUUAUACUGCCACUACUACGCCUUAAGNCCCCCUUAGACAGAAAAGACGCUUUAACACGAAAGCCUCUCGAUUUCGACCAGGAGGAGGAAACGAGGAAACUCGAAACGUCCAAGUGGUUAGAGAAUCACUUUGGCAGUGACUCCCGUUCGUCUCACGAAUCGCUGGACGACGACGAUGACGACGACGACGACGACGACGAUUUCAACCCCCAAGCCGAACCUAUGCCCCCUCGCACUAACUAUUUUAACGUCACCAUCAAAUCACAACCAUCCCUCCAAACGAACUGUGUCGGUAAAAUUAAUGGACUUAGCAACGGUAUACCGAAACGUUCUGUUUCACCCCCUAAAGUCGGUAGAAUUAUCGAGGAGCAGAGGAAUAAUUGCACUACUACUAACGGAUAUUAUAAAGGUAUAGAAGAAUGGUCCAAUCGGAACAACGGAUACAGCCGAGAGAGAAUAAUCUACCCCUCCGCCCACGAUUCCCCUUCGCCAAUACGGGAGUCUCGACCAAUCGCAUCUACUUACUGCGAUCACUACGGGCGACCAUCCCCACCCCGCGACUACAGCAGCAGUCCCGCCCGCGAAUACCGGCGCCAAUCACCGCCUCGAGAAUACCACUCCUCCCCCGUGCGAAACUAUCGCAGUCCCUCUCCGAUUCGAGAGUACCGUGACUACGGACCCCCCUCUCCGAAACCGUACAAGGCCUCCCCCGCCCCUAACUACAGAAGUACGACUCCCACGCCUCCCCAACGAAAAAAAACUUCUGCGGAUAAACUAUACCGUUCCGAUAAAUACGAACGAUAUCGGACAGCUUCCAGAGAAGACUUGACGGAAGAACAACCUCUUGAAGAACCACCGCCGGAUUAUCCACCAACAAGUCCCCCAAGGGAAAGUUCACCGGGGAAAAAGCAUCAGAAAACGAGGUUUGCCGCUGAACCAAUUCGCGAGAAGAGCAGGGAGAAAAGUGGAAAUAUAAUUGGUCAGUCAAUUCGAAAACUGGUUGGAAAAAUCCGAUCAGCAAGCGCUGAACGUAAAGCGAAGCAACAACAGAGGGCGGCACAGAAACAAAGGUCACCGUCACCGUCGUACCAAAAGGGCCACAUCAUCGACACGAACAUUAGCGACAGCUCUCCGAUGAAUAGGCGAAGAGAGAGGGACGAUUCGGGAAGGAGGGGCGGUUCGCCGGUUCAUCGGUACUACUUGGGCGAAGACCCGUUUGGUGGUAGCAUUUACGGAAGGGAGAAUAAGUACGAUGGAGUGAAGGGGAGUUCCGGGAGGUCACCCAGAAAAUACCAACAACACCAUGGGAAUGGAGAAAACGAGAAUGACUACAG